GUUAUUUUCACGGUGCUAACUUGACGCUGGUCAGUGCCGCUAACAGCUGAGGUAGAACUUCACGUUUUGUGACUGUGAAUGCUGCUCAUAUUUAAUUUUACACUUUUAUAAAGUCGCUUGACUCUUGGGUUGAGUCAUGGUGGUGAAAAAGAAGACAGCCAAAGUGGAAGCUGUGGUGUUGGACCAGGACAAACUGGACAGGCUGAUAGCAUCCCUGUCUGUGGAUGGAGGACAAGACGGAGUCAGGCAGCUUGCCCAAACCUUACUGGCCUGUUUGGAGCUCGCAGAGCCGGUGCAGCAGAUCCAGCUGGUUAAGAAGGCAGGGUCCCAGCUGGAGGCUCUGGGUGAGGAGCAGCAGCAGCAGCAUGGGUCUCUUCUCCAGGCCUGUUUACACACCUUGGCUCUGGUCUACACUUCCCUACAAGCCAAGAACCCGCUGCGCAGGGCCAGCGCCAGUGCCUUGAGUUCAGUGCCCGUCUGGCUGCAGCAGCAGACUGUAGACUGUCUGUCUGCCUGUCUGUCUGACCUUCUGUCUGGCCCGGCCUCAGACCGGUAUCCAGAUAUCACAGACUCCAUCGCUGCCUGUCUGGAUGGCUUCCCUCUGGGUGAGAGAUGUAUUCACAAACUGCUGCCAGAAGUCUUGCAGUUUCUUCAGAAGGCCUUGAGUGAAUACAUCCAGCAGAACAGCGGUCUCGUCGGCCGUCACGUUGCCCAGGCCCAGCUGAUGCAGUCCUGUCUGGCUGCAGUGAAGACCUCCAUGCUGGUGGUCCAGAGGUCCCAAGAGGGCAUCAGCGCCGCCCUGCAGGCUGAGCAGGACCGCUGCAGCCUGCGGAGCACGCUCAGCGGCCUUCUGGACUGCUACGUACACAUCCUCACUGACGAGGAGUUCAUCCAGUCGGUCCAGAGCACAGCAGGCAUGGCGGUGGUCUUGUUGAUCCGGUCUGUCAUGGGCUCAGGAGAUGAGGUCGCCGCUGUGGUGUGUGGCCUGUUGCAGGGCUCCCAGCAGGGUUUGGACUCCGCCCCUCGGUGGUUGCAGCAGAGCUGUAGGGGUUUAUCUGCCGUGGUUCGUCCGCAGGGCGUGUCUUUGUAUCUGUGUCACGGUGCUCUGGCGAUGCUGAGCUGGAAGGGCGCCCUCCCCGGGCCACAGUGGGAACAGCUGCUGCUGCUCGUCCCACACACCCUGCUGGAGCUGGACAGCAGUAUAAAGGAGUCCAGCACAGCCAUGGUGGUAGCUCGGGUGCUGACUCUGUGGAGCGGCGCUGCCCUGGACUGCCUGCAGGGGAAGCCGCAGCCCUGCCCCCCCGGCCUCCAGCAGUCCCUCUGUGGUGGUGCGGAGCUGCAGCAACGCCUCCUGGAGCACAUCUACUCCCACUGGGAGCACCCGCUGGACGGCGUCCGCCACCAGACGCGCACAUUAUUCCGUAACCUGCUCCUCCUGCAUCAGCACGCCAACCCGAGUGCCUGCGACCCCGCCGAGGACCCCUACAUCACACAGCUCACCCACAACCUGCUGGGACUGGAGUGGCACAUGAGGGGGAAGUACGGCUCCCUGGGGUGUCUCGUGGAGCUCCUUGGGGCGGAGUACCUGCUUGGCAUCCAGCCCCAGCUGCCCUCACGUCUCCUGGGCUUGAUGGGGGACCAGACUUUGGCUCCGUAUGCCAGCGACCUCCUGGAGAGGCUGUUCGUCAGCCACAAGGCCCAGCUGGCCGGCGCAGCGGGCGAGGCGGCCGCAGACGACUGGAUGGAGCGUUGGCACCAGACGUGGGUGACCCCCCUGCUGCAGGUGCUGUGCCGGGCACGGCUGGACCAGACCACCUACAUCCUGGACUAUUUCCUUCCCAAACUGCUGCGCUGCAACCCGUCCAGUCUGGCACACAUGGUGCAGGCACUGCAGGACACACCUCCCUGCAGCGCAGGUCCUCCGGGCAGCAGGGGCGCUCUGGGGGCUCUGAUGACGUGCCUGCGGGCAGCGAGGGCGCAGGGCGUCGCCCCGUCCCCAGAGGAGGGCUUGUGGGGCGGCCUGGUGCCCCUCUCUCUGCUCCGUCAAGCUCUGGUGCACAAACAUGAUCAGGUGAGGAUGGACGCUCUGGGUUUGGUGUGUGAGAGCCACCGCAGCACCGAGGUUCUGACCUCACAGGAAAUGGACCUGAUCCGCCACUUCCUGCCCGCGAAUCUGAACAGCCAAUCACCAGGCGUCCGUCAGCAGACUGUCAGCCUGCUGAAGAAGUUGCUGUGCAGAGUGAAGGACAGCAGUCAGCUGCUUCAGAAGAGACUGAGCCAGGAGAGAGACCAGGAGCAGAGAGACCGAGACCAACACACACUAGAGGCAUACAAGGAGUUCCUGCGCUGGCUGUGUGAAAGGCUGCUGGAGGUUUUGCCUCCUGGUGCUUCCUUCUCCACCUGCCUGAUGUCGCUGCACCUCCUGGGGCUGCUGGGCCAGCUCUUCUCCUUCAGCACCGGCCCGGAUGUUUUUGCCCUGGGCGAGGUCGUGACCUCUGCUCAUGCCCAGAAUGUCCUUUACUGCAUCGCCAGCAACUUCCUGGAAGUCAAGCAGCUGGCGUCCACUUUGCUGCGACGGCUGCCUCCCUCUGCAGUGGGUCUGCAGGAGCCGGACAGGAUGCGGUGCGUCCUGCGUGCCGCUCUGGACCUCAGCACCAGCACCAAGCCCUUCGACAGCGUCACAGCGGCUCACCUCCUCAACCUGCUGCUCCACCAGCCGGACCUGCCUCACGCUCUGCUGCUCUGUGCCCAGGAGCAGGGCCUCGCCUUCCAGCCUCUCCCCCCACCAGACGCCCCCGCCGCCGAGGCCCUCGUCCUGGAGGUCAACACCCUGGCUGUGAUUCGGUUCUUGCUGCAGUGUUUGCAGUCGGAGGUGCUGAAGGCCGAGUCGUCUCUCCUGCAGGCGGCUGCCUCCUGUCCGCUCUACGGCAGAGCGCACUGCAUCACCGCCGUCCUGCAGCACCUCGACACCGGGAGUCUGAGUCAGACCGAGCAGUGGAGGCGUUUGGUGUCCGAUCUGAUCGCCGUGUGCUACAGGAUGUCUGAUGUGGUUUCCCCCGUCGUGCAGAGCUCCUCCCCGGAGGGACUCAUCCCCAUGGACACCGACUCAGACACAUCAGCAGGCCUGCAGAGGAUCCUGCAGGAGAUCCAGCCCAGAGACACCAACGACUUCUUCAACAGCGCCAGAGAGCUGGAAACACACCCGGGAGAUGAUCACACACACUCAGAGACCACACACACACCUGCCCUGGACAGCACAGGCGGCGAAGGCUACAGGGUGACGGCCCAGAUGGUGCUGGUAUGUUGCUGGCGGAGCAUGAAGGAAGUGGCCAUGCUGCUCGGACAGCUGUGUCAGAGCCUGCCUCUCCACUGCAAAGACGCCACCGCGCACACACACGCCGGGCUCAUCACCGAGGAGCAGGUGGAGGGAGUCGGCCUGUACUUCCGUCAGCAGCUCCUGCAGUCUCGUCAUCGCGGUGCCUUUGAACUGGCGUACGUGGGCUUUGUGCGCCUCACCGACAUGUUGUGCAGGAGCGGGAGCCAGGCCCUGCAGCAGCUCCCGUCCCGCUGGCUGUCCGAGGUGCUGGAGGAGGUGAAGUCCAGCGACCCGUCGUCCAAACUGUGCGCCACGCGACGCAGCGCUGGAAUACCGUUCUACAUCCAGGCCCUGCUGUCCUCUGAGCCCAAGUCAUCCAGCUGCAGUCUGUUGAAGAUGACCAUGAGGGAGCUGACCGCCCUGGCCAUGCCCUCUGCUGACAAAAACACAGACAGUUCCACUGUCCCGCAGGUCCACGCUCUGAACAUCCUGCGGGCUCUGUACCGGGACACUCGCCUCGGGGAAAACGUCAUUCCCUUCGUCGCAGACGGCAUGCAGGCGGCUGUGCUGGGCUUCACCUCUCCGGUGUGGGCGGUCAGAAACUCCUCCACUCUUCUCUUCAGCACCUUGAUCACAAGGAUCUUUGGAGUGAAGAAAGGAAAGGACGAGCACUCGAAAAAGAACAGGAUGACAGGACGUGAGUUCUUCACACGGUUCCCAGCGCUUUAUCCGUUCCUCCUGAACCAGCUCGAGGAGGCCGCCGCCACAGUGGACAGUGACAGUGGGCAGGUGAAGCUACACCCCAGUCUGUUCCUGCUGCUCUUGGUGCUUGGCAGACUCUACCCUUCUCCUAUGGAUGGAUCUUCAUCUCCGCUGGGACUCGCCCCUUUCAUGCCCUUCAUCAUCAGAUGCGGCCGUUCAGCGGUGUAUCGGACCAGGGAGAUGGCGGCCCGGGCGCUGGUUCCCUUCGUGCCGCUCACCCAGCUCCCGUCCACCAUCCACACUUUGCUGGAGGAGCUUCCUGCAGAGCCGGGACCCAGAACCCAGCAGAACCACAUCCACGGCACUCUGCUCCAGGUGCUGUUCCUGCUGCGUUCCUACCAGACAGACUCGCACAGACCUCUGCCAGCAGGAAGUGGCAUCAGCAAAGCCCUCCGUCAGCGCAUGUGGCUUGCCUCUCGGCAGAACAGCUGUUUGGUGACCAGAGGAGCCUUUCUGGAUGUGUUGCUCUGCCUCUGUGGGCCAAAGUUCAGUCUUCUUGAUGGCUCAGAAGUGGGUGAGCUUCGAGAGGAGGCGCUGGCCGUCCUGACGGCCUCGGAGCUGGUCGCCCCCGACGGCCCCUCCCCCACCGCGCUGCCCGGCGGCACCCAGUACCUGCUCGGCCUGGCCCGGGUGGCCCUCAGCGCCUGCGUCGAGGCCCCGGAGCUGUGGGGGGGUGCUCCGGGCAGGACGGGGCUCCUGGAGCGCCUCCUGCUGAGCCCGCAGUACGAGGUGAGGGAGCUGCUGCUGGACGGGCUCCUGACGGGGCUGAGGGAGGAGGAGGAGGAGGAGGAGGAGGAGGAGGAGAGGAAGAGGAGACCUCCAUGGCUGGACGAGACCACCCUGUCUAACCUGACCAGCCUAACUCUUCACGAGACACACCCCCAGUGUCUGGCCAAGGUCCUCCAGGUGUUGUGUGCUUUGAGCUCCAGCUGUGAGCUCCAGUGGAGGGACGGUGCUCAGAUUUUGUCCCAGGAGGAGGUCCUGCUGCACCUCCUCUCUCUGGCUCAACAGUCUGCUCACAGUGUGGAGCUGCACUGUGCCGCCCUGACUCUGGCCUCUCGACUGGUGGUUCAACUGGUGACCUCUGACCCCGAGCGUGCGAGUGCAGUGAGCUGCCUGGCCCAGUGGGGGGCGCUGGUGUGUUCGUGCUGCAGCGAGGAGCAGCCGGCGGAAGUGAAGCUGAUGGCGGCCGAGGUGCUGGUCGGCUGCACGGCCGCCCUGCUGACCAGCGCCGCCCUGCCGCUGGGUCUCUCUGCCACGCUGUCUUUGUGGAGGAGCCUGUUCACGCUGCUGCAGGAUGAAGACCAGGAAGUGCGAGACUCGGCGUCUGACUUUGUCUCCAGCGUACCGACCCACCUGCUCAGCACAGACGUGGCCGGUGUGUCGGUGUGUCCCCCUGUAGCUCUGGAUUUGGGCACGGAGCUGCUGUGCCGGCUCUUUGAGCUGUGGGACCAGGUUCCCGCCGGCGUCCUCGCCCUGACGGAGUGGCUGCUGGGAGACGAGGAGGGAGACGACGACACGGGUGCAGAGGAAACUUCCAGCCUGGAUGAAGAGGAGUUCCUGUUUGAAAAAGGGGAUCUGAACCUGUGGGCAGAGCCUGUCCAGUGGGUGAAGCUGCUCCACAGACACCUGAGCUCCCUCAGCCCGUCCCAGGACCCGGGGCCCAGAGACCUGGACCAGGCCUGGCUCCUCAGACUGUCAGCCCAGGCCGAGGCCCAAGCCCUGGCCUCCCAGCAGGCCCUAGAGGCUCUCCCAGCCCUGCCCCAGUUCUGCUCCACCAUGCAGCACGCCCGGCUGACGCUGCAGCACCACAGAGCCAGCUUGGCCACGGACGUGCUGGAGAGGCUGAGGCAGAGAAAUUAGCAGGCCUUAAAAAGCAGGAAGCGGCUGACUGAUGAGCAAAAGAAUCGGCUUUGAAAGCAGCACUUGCCGUCAUCUGAGGUCAGAGUUAGCUGAAGUUCCUGAAAGUAAGAGUCCGUAACAUUUGGUUCCUUCGAGGGAAAGGUGUUCACAUCAAUGAACAAACUCAGCGAGCAAAACCACAGACCACAGGCUGGCUCUGUGGUGCAGUCUGUCUAAUAUCAUCCUGAGGGAAUGAAGGGAAAAAUCAGAUUUUUGCACCCUGUCUUUGCCUGUUAGGUUGUAACAAACAUUCUCCUCACAGAUGCCAAGGUGUAUUUUAAUUUUUAUGAUCAUGGUUAUUUUCCCUGACGUCUUUUUUUCUUGCAAACUGGUUUUAUUCUCUGACCGGAAUGUAUGUGUAACUGCACAUUUUAGUCUUUGUGCUUUUUUUUUUAUACAAAAUAAAGACACAGGAUGUUACUAA